UAUGAUCUGUAUAAAAGAGCUCCCAGAAUCUCCAGCAAUUCAGCAACAAAGGUUCCAUGUUCUUCAGAAUGCGUAUCACAAGCGUUACCGUUUUCUCCUGCAUUGCGUAUGUCCUAAUUUUCAACACAGGUUUUACUGAAAGCAAGUGUGUCUACCCAUGGGUAGAAUUCCAAAACCAUUGCUACAUGUUUGGAUUGGACACAAAAACGUGGUUUGAAAGCAAGGUGGAGUGCAACAAGAAAGAUUCUUAUCUUGCCAGGGUGGAGACACCGGCUGAAGACGACUGGAUCAUUCAGCAGAUCUUCGCUCUAAACAAAGUAUGGUAUUUGUGGAUUGGUGGGAAUACCUUGAGGAAGGUUGGUGAUUGGAAAUGGGAAUCAACCAAUGAAAAAGUUGGAUAUAGAUUCUUUCAUUCAUCAGAGCCCAAUAAGCCAGCAACAGAAAGAUGCCUGGGCUAUUUUAGUCAUCACAAAAAAUUGCUUUAUUGGGGAGACAUGACAUGCACAAAUAAAGUUGGUUUCAUAUGCGAAAGAGAUAACUAAUAUGAAAUGUGCAUGUCAUUAGUAUGUAAAGGAAAAGCAACAUAUGAAUAAAAAUAAUGGAAGAGUAAA